AUGUCCUUGCUAACGGUGGCGCACCAAAGUGGGUCAGGCGAGUACACCCGGUUCACGGGGCGGCGCGGCGGCGGUGAUGAUGAUGAGGAAUAUGGUUAUGGACAUGAUGGUGAUGGUGGUGGAAGUUCUGGGGUGUCUGAGUCACUAGGAUUCAGCAACCAAGGGGUGAAUGUAUCAGGGUACGAUGUGGAUCCAGAGUUGAAGGAAAUGGUUUCAGCUUUGACACACGUGGUGUCAUCAGGGCCUGGCCAGAGGAACAGCACCGAAUGGGUCCAGGAAAGUGGUUUUCCUAUGAUGUCAGGUUUUGGACAUGCAUCUUCUCUUUCACGUUUGUCUUCUUUCCCUUCCUCUUCUUCUUCUUCUGCCUCAUGGGUUGGCCACAAGAGAGGGCGUGAAGAAGAAGAGAGUGGUUCUUCUCAUCACUUGAUGCAACAUCAAGGUGCUCAUAGACUCUUCAGAUCCAUUGGUGACUUCAUGGUACCUUCUCAAGGCGACUCAUCAUCAGUGGCAGAAGAAGUCCCCACCACCGCAACAACAACCGUAACUACCACCGCCACCGCUGUGGCAGCGGCCGAAACGGCUUCAUAUGAAGAAGGAGGUGAAAGGAGGAGAAGGUACAGGGGAGUGAGGCAGAGGCCAUGGGGAAAAUGGGCUGCAGAAAUCCGUGAUCCACACAAAGCAGCAAGAGUUUGGCUUGGCACGUUUGAUACAGCAGAAGCAGCAGCAAGAGCCUAUGAUGAAGCUGCAUUAAGGUUCAGAGGUAACAGAGCAAAACUAAACUUCCCUGAAAAUGUUAGAGCAGUUCCACCAGUUCAACCUUUUCCAGCCACUAGGUUAACCAUUUCUGAUCCCUCUAACACCCAAUUCCGGCCUCUCACUGCGGCCUCAGCCGCCGCGCCGCCACCAUUCAUUCAGCAGCAGCCACAACAAAUUCAGGCGUCCUCUGACUUGAUCAGAGACUACUGGCAAUAUUCUCAGCUUCUACAGAGUUCUGGUGACUUUCAACAACCUCAACAUCAUCAACAACAACAGCAACACCCUUCUAGUUUGCUUCAACAGUGGUACUAUAAUGCACAAUUGGCUUCACUUCAAUCACCUUCAUUGUCUUCUUCUAUCUCACCUACACCAUUCCAUUCAUUUUCAACAUCUACUCAAUUUUCCUCUGCUUCAUCACUUCCCCUGUUUUCAUCUCAACAAAUGAACCUUUACCGGCCACCGGAAGGCGGCAGCGGAGGCGGCGGUUCGGGGUUUCCGCCGUCCACAUGGUCAGAUACUAGUGGCCAUCCACCACCUUCUGGUUGA